AUGAGGGUCUUCCUCCUGCUCUGUUUGGUGGCACUAGGUAACACCAAACCCUACCAACCCGUCAACAUCAUGGACUUCAUGAAAAACUAUGACAUCAUGAUGGCUGACACACAUGAUGAUGAUGAUGAUGAUGAUGACACUUAUGAAGAUGAGGACUGUCCAGCUGGCUGCCGCUGCUCACCUAGAGUCAUUCAGUGUUCCGAUCAAGGUCUGAUUUCUGUUCCGGAGAAGAUCCCAGAGGACAUUGUGAUGAUCGACCUUCAAAACAACGACAUCACUGAGAUCAAGGAGGAUGACUUUAAAGGCCUGAAUAAGCUUUAUGGCCUGUUUCUAAUCAACAACAAGAUCUCCAAGAUUCAUCCCAAAGCCUUCAGGAACAUGGCCCACCUGAGGCUGCUCUACCUUUCCUACAAUCAUCUAACUGAGAUCCCUGCCAACCUUCCUCCCAAUGUCAUUGAACUACGCUUCCAUGAAAACAAGAUCAGCCAAAUUCAAAAGGAUGCAUUCAAAGGCCUUAGAAACCUCCAUGUCCUGGAGUUGGGCGCCAACCCUUUGGCCAACAGUGGGAUUGAACUGGGAGCUUUUAAUGGUUUGUCCACCCUUUAUAUUGGAGUCGCAGAGGCCAAACUGACAGCUGUACCCAAAGAUUUCCCACAGUCCAUCACAGAGCUCAACCUGGACUACAACAAGAUCACAAAGGUGGAAAUAGAAGACUUAAUCAGAUAUAAAAACCUGCAGAGGCUUGGAUUGGUUAACCAAAUUAAGUUUGUAGAAAAUGGCAGCCUGGCCAGUAUACCAAAUGUCCGUGAAAUCCAUCUGGACAACAACCGUCUGAGAAAAGUCCCACCAGGUCUGAAUUUACUGCGCUACCUCCAGGUGAUUUUCCUCCACGGUAAUAAAAUCAGCAGUGUGGGAGUCAACGACUUCUGUCCCAUUAGUUCCAGUGUGAAGAAGAACCUUUACACGGGCAUUAGUCUGUUCGCCAACCCAGUCAAGUACUGGAAUAUCCAACCAGCCACGUUCCGCUGUGUAACUGGAAGGAGAGGCGUUCAGAUUGGAAAUUUCAGGAGGAAGUAACGAGUAGACAUGAAGAAUUGCUACAUCUUCAAGUUGGACCGAGUUGAAACCACUUUAGAAACACAUUUUUGACUAAAAUGAGGGGACUGUUAAUUGUAUUGAUGUGUGUAGACUUGUUGGUUGUUCAUUAAUCACUGCACGCUCCUGUUACAAUAGUAUGAAGGUGAACAGCUGCAGAUGUUUCGGAAGGUGCUCCUCUCAUUUUGUUAUGCUGACUUUACUGCUGCACUCUCCUGGAAUGAGAUUGUCUUUUUUUUUUUUUUUUAGCAAGACUUCCACUGACUUGUUCAGGAUUAUACCCCAACACACACACACAUAUACACUUGUUUUUAUGUUAACUAACAGAACUACAUCGACUAAAUGUAUUUUGUUCUUUGUCACAGUUGAGUUUUUACAUAUGUGCAAUAAGUCAUGUGUAAUAAGGCCAUCUACUUUAUGUUAUCUCACUGCAUGUGUGUAUUGUCUUUUUUUAUGUCAGACUGGUUUAUACAAACUACAGUCUUUGACGUAAAUGUGUUACCCGGAGAACCUGUAUGGUUUUUUAUUUUGUUUGGUUUCAAGAAAUUACUUAAAUAAAUAAAUUUAACAAAAAUAAAUAAAUAAAUGAAUAAAAAUACUCAAAAUUAUAGCCACUAAGACCUGCAGUUUAUACGACCUCAGUUAAUAACCCUGAAUGGAAACUCCAUUUACACUAAAAAACCUUCCUGUUCCCUCCAAAGUCUCUUCUCUGUAAUGGUGCUAUAUUUAUUAUGCCUUUAAAUAAACCUGAAAACUCC